GCGGCUGCGGGCGCUCCCAGCCUUCGUGCCUCGCUCCCUCCAUGCGCGGUGCGCGGCCAGCCGUGGGGCUUGCGCAGCGCGGCGGCGGAGCGGAGCGCUGAGCGGCGGCAGCAUGCGGCCGCGGGAUGUCUGAGGCCGGCGGUGCGGCGGCGGCCGAGCUGCCCCGGCGCCGCGGCGGAGGCAUGCGGGCGGCCUGGGGCUCCGUCUGGUGCCUGUGCCUGGCAGCGGCCGUCGGCGGGAUGCCGGCGGGGCGGCGGGGCGGCGGGGCGGCGGCGGAGAGGAGCGGCGGGCAGCCGGCAGAAUACUUGAGGAGUGAGACCGCCUUUCUGGAAGAGUUGGUGUUUGGAAGUGGAGAUACCAUUGAACUUUCCUGUAACACCCAAGGCUCUUCUGUGUCUGUUUUCUGGUUUAAAGAUGGUAUUGGGAUUGCACCUACCAACAGAACUCAUAUUGGACAAAAACUGUUGAAGAUAAUCAAUGUGUCAUAUGAUGACUCGGGGCUCUACAGUUGCAAGCCAAGGCAUUCCAGCGAGGUCCUGGGAAACUUUACAGUCAGAGUUACAGACUCCCCUUCAUCGGGUGAUGAUGAAGACGAUGAUGACGAGUCAGAAGAUACAGGUGUCCCCUUCUGGACCCGGCCAGAUAAGAUGGAGAAGAAGCUGCUGGCAGUUCCCGCUGCCAACACCGUUCGCUUCCGAUGUCCGGCGGGUGGAAAUCCAACUCCUUCCAUCUACUGGCUGAAAAAUGGCAAGGAGUUCAAAGGAGAGCACAGAAUUGGGGGCAUCAAGUUGCGACACCAGCAGUGGAGCUUGGUGAUGGAGAGUGUGGUGCCAUCAGAUCGAGGAAAUUACACCUGUGUUGUGGAAAACAAAUACGGCAACAUUAGGCACACCUACCAGCUUGAUGUAUUAGAAAGGUCACCCCACCGACCAAUUCUGCAGGCAGGGCUCCCUGCCAACCAGACUGUGGUGGUAGGGAGCAAUGUGGAGUUUCACUGCAAGGUUUACAGCGAUGCCCAACCUCACAUCCAGUGGCUGAAACAUGUGGAAGUGAACGGCAGCAAAUAUGGACCCGAUGGGACACCCUAUGUCACUGUGCUGAAGUCUUGGAUCAGUAAAAACGCUGAAGCCGAUGCUAACCUAAAUCUGUUCAAUGUGACAGAACAAGAUGAAGGAGAAUAUCUGUGUAGAGCCAACAAUUUCGUAGGCAUAGCCGAAAAGCCAUUUUGGCUCCACAUUCGCAAACCAAAACCAGCGGAGGAGCUCAUGGAAAUGGAUGGCUCAGGCUCAGUGUACACUGGCAUUCUCAGUUAUGGCGGUAGCUUUCUUUUCUUUAUCCUGGUGCUGGUCGCUGUGAUUAUCUGCAGGAUGAAAAUGCCAAAGAAAAAAGCCAUGAACACCCCCACUGUGCAGAAGGUCUCCAAAUUUCCACUCAAGAGACAGCAGGUGUCGUUGGAGUCCAACUCUUCCAUGAAUUCCAACACGCCCCUGGUUCGGAUCACACGGCUCUCCUCCAGUGACGGGCCGAUGCUGGCCAACGUCUCCGAGCUGGAACUGCCUUCAGAUCCCAAGUGGGAAUUGGCACGCUCUCGCCUCACCCUGGGGAAGCCGCUCGGCGAGGGGUGUUUUGGCCAAGUAGUGAUGGCAGAAGCAAUUGGGAUUGAUAAGGACAAGCCAAACAAGGCCAUCACAGUUGCUGUCAAGAUGUUAAAAGAUGAUGCCACAGACAAGGACCUUUCUGACCUGGUCUCUGAGAUGGAAAUGAUGAAAAUGAUUGGGAAGCAUAAAAACAUUAUUAACCUCCUUGGUGCCUGCACACAGGAUGGACCGCUCUAUGUGCUGGUGGAAUACGCGUCAAAAGGGAACUUACGGGAAUACCUCAGGGCACGUCGCCCACCUGGCAUGGACUAUUCCUUCGACACCUGCAAGCUGCCUGAGGAGCAGUUGACAUUUAAAGACCUGGUUUCCUGUGCCUACCAGGUGGCCCGGGGCAUGGAGUACUUGGCAUCUCAGAAAUGCAUUCAUCGCGACUUGGCAGCCAGGAAUGUGUUAGUCACUGAAGACAAUGUGAUGAAAAUAGCUGAUUUUGGCCUCGCUAGAGACGUUCACAACAUUGACUAUUACAAGAAAACCACCAAUGGUCGGCUGCCUGUGAAAUGGAUGGCUCCAGAAGCCUUGUUUGACCGGGUCUAUACUCACCAGAGUGAUGUCUGGUCUUUUGGAGUACUACUCUGGGAGAUCUUCACUUUGGGAGGGUCUCCAUACCCAGGAAUUCCCGUGGAGGAACUCUUCAAGCUCUUGAAGGAAGGCCAUCGGAUGGACAAACCCGCAAACUGCACCCAUGAUUUGUACAUGAUCAUGCGGGAGUGCUGGCACGCUGUCCCCUCGCAGCGACCCACCUUCAAACAGCUGGUGGAAGACCUGGACAGGGUCCUCACCGUGACGUCCACUGAUGAGUACCUGGACCUGUCAGUGCCCUUCGAGCAGUACUCACCGGCCGGCCAGGACACCCACAGCACCUGCUCCUCAGGGGACGACUCGGUCUUUGCACAUGACCUGCUGCCCGACGAGCCCUGCCUGCCCAAGCAUCCCCCCUGCAACGGCGUCAUCCGGACGUGAGGCGUCCCCUGCAGACGGACGGGCAGGCAGCGUGCCCACAGGGGCACGAACACGGGGCGCCGAGGACGAAACUGUAGUGAAGGAUCUUCCAGCGGAACUGUGUGGUGGUGCCUGGAGAUUUGUGUUGUUGUUGAGCUGUUCAGGGUAAACAAAACAAAAUAAGAGAUUAAUUUUUUUUUAGAGAUUUUUUGUUGUUGUUUUGGGGUUGUUUUUUUUCCUGGUUGCUGUAUAAAAAGUCAAGAAGCACUGUUUGGCCUGAAGGAACUAAUCUCUUGCCAAGAUGAUCUAUCAUAUAUGUUUUUUGUUGUUAUUUUUCUUUUUUUUUUCUUUUUUAACUAAGGAGAAUGUUGAACCUGGGGGUGUCUCUGACCCUCCCAGCCUCCACACUUGCGUUUUGAGUGCCAGAGUAGCCGUUCUGUGCCUGCAAUAUGAAGAAGAGGAGAAAAGAAAAAGAAUCUUCCUUUUUUUAAAGAAAAAAGAAAACACAAACAAACAAAAAAAAAAGUGUAAAGAAUGUAGAAGUUCUUUGCUUAUGCAAUCUGUACAUGAACCUUUUUGGUGGAGCUGAAAAGCCACGUUGCCUGCAGGGAUUCAUAUAUUUAUAAAAAUAUCUAUAUUUUUGUUGUCGUCGUUUUUAUAGCUUCAUGAUCGUACCUACCCAGCUACGUAGAAGGAAUCCUUUUUGAAAGAAGAAAACAACGUUUAAGCAACAUGCAAAUCAUCAUGGAGAAAGGAAAAAAAAAAGGAGAUGGUCAAGUCAUCUGAAAUGAUGGUGCGUUGGCCAAGCUCACCCAUCUGACAGCAGCGGGGGACCUGGCUCCUGGGUGCCCACCUGGCAUCUCAAGCCACAUCCUGACCUUUGGGAACAGCCGUGUUUGGGGAAAAGAAAAUCUUGCUUUUUGGGGGGGUUGCAUCUUUUUGCAUGCCAGGGGUGAGUGGGGGAGGAGCAGCUCUUCCAUCCACCCCUCAACGCCAGCAGUUUGGCUCCAUCAACGUGCAGUGACUCGGAGAAAAAAGUUACGGGUACCUGUAGGCAAGAGCCUUUAACUUAUAUCAAAAAGGUUUAUUCCAGAGAAUCUGUGUAUAUAUCUAUAAAUAUAUUCUGUAUAUAUAUAAAUAAAUAUAUUAAAAAAAAGAAUGUAUAAUACUAAUGCAACAUAAAGCAGUACUGAGAGAGAGUAUCAAAAUACGAGCAUUGCAAUCUAGGAUAUACUGAUCUGGGCAAAAGAAAAAAGAGUGUUUGUUUGUUUGUUUGUUUGUUUUAUAUCUUCACAGUUUUGUUUUAAAAAUUGUAUCUUAACAUGUAUAUUUGUAAAGUUAUUUAUAGACAUUAACAUAUCUGUCCCUCGGUUUAAAUAGCAUAGUGUUAAUGUAAACUUUGAAAUUUCACCGAGCUUAAGGGUGGGGUUUUUUUUUUUUUUUAACUUAUUAAAAAUGGAGAAAAAAUAUAUUAAUCAAGUUUUUCUUUUGUGUUUAUGGGAAAUAUUGAAAGAAUGUAUAGAUGUACAGUCCUUUUAACAAAUUACAUUUAAUGUUAUAAAUAUAUAUAUAUGUAUUCCUUUUUUUAAAAAAACACAAAUAUUAGUUUAUCCUGGAUUGCAGUGAGCAAAGGUAAGUUUAUUUUUCAAUACAUCACCAGUGGUUAAACCAAACAAAUAGCAGCAGAGAGAUGAUUUUUUACAUAUUUCAGAAGAACAGGGCCAAGAAUUCUUCCAUCAGUUUAACCACUGUGCAUUAAGGGGGCGUGGGUGUUUAUUUUUCUAUUUUCAAAUGAAGGUAUUCUUUGUGGUCGAGUUAAUAACAAGCAUGCAGCGAAGAGAAAUGUUGACUUUGGAUCAUGCGGGGUAAUAUUUUUUUUUCCCCCCCUUGCCAGUAGCGUUGUAUUUUGGGCCUCAGAAAUGCCAUGUGAGCAAAAUAGCAAGAAGAAUGACACUGUUUGCAGGAGGUGUGCAGCGACUGUGUAUUUCUUUUCCGUCUUAACACGCUGGAAAAUACCAGUGAUGCCUGAUUUUCUGUGCUGAAAACACUGUGCUGGUUUUUUGUUCCUCGAUGUCAAGAGAGCUGUUUAAAAGCACAGGGGCAAACUAGGGAAUUUUAGCAUAGAUCAAGCUGACAAGGGGGGAGAUUUGAGCUAGGGGGUUUUUUUUAGGGUGAGUAUUUUUGAGGAUUGGGGUUGUUUUUUUUUUUUAUCCAGAAGACAUUUAUCUACUACCACAAAGAGGAAAAGCAAAUUGCAUCGUGAAUUAUUUCUUUCCAUUUUUCUCUGGUGCAUAUUUCGUAUCCAUGUUUCAGAAUAACAGGAUGACAGCAUCUCAUUUUAAGACUUUUUUCUCUUUUUUUUUUUUGUCUUCUUAGAGCCACAAAAUCUUUAUCCUAAAAUAAAUAAUUUAUAGUUUGAGGUUACUUCAGUGGAAGUUUGAGAAGGUAGAUUUCUAUAGAUUUUUUUUGUUCUGUUUUGUUGGAAUAAAAAAGAAUUUUUUUGGUAUUUUCUUACAAAUGUCUGCUAAUUGUGUACAUUCCAAGUACUGGAAGUGUCAAGUUUUCCUGUACUGAAAAAAGAAAAUGUACAAAAGUGUGCAUGAUUUCAAAUGUUACUAGAUAUUAUAAAUAUAUAUAUAAUUUAUUGAGUUUUUACAAG